GUCACGGCGCUUAUUUGGGUGCUAUCAAUUCUUCAGCAGCUGUGCGCGAUAAAAGUGACAUACGCUGGAAAAAAAAAAAACAGCAACAUGAGCAGGGUUUUCUCGGAUUAAUACAGUCGAAAUUAAGUGUAUAGUUAGCAGCUUUGCUCUGUUUAUUUUUGUUAUUGUAAGUGCGCUGUAUAGCAGAGACAUGGCCCAUGCUGACAGCCUGCGUAGCGUUUGUUAACAAUGAUUCAAUAGUUUUGUUGCGGUUUGGUAGUUUGUUUGUCUUAGCGACUGGAAACUGCUUUGAAAGGAAUAGCGCUCAAAAGAGGAGGUACGAUACGAGUGUUUGCGUGUAAGAAAGCCUGAGAAAAUAGCAAGCAGCUAUGAUAACGUCAACCCCUGAGACUUCAGCCGGCCGGCCGUCUCGCUCCGGGAGACGCAGCGCCACCGCCGCCGCCGCGGCCCCGGGAGGCUCUCCGUCCUCGGUUAGCCCGACCCGCCUGAGUCGCCUGCAGGAGAAAGAGGACCUGCGACAGCUCAAUGACCGCCUCGCCAACUACAUCGAGCGCGUGCGCCAGCUCGAGAAUGAGAAAUCAUCCAUGCGGCUCCUUCUGGAGGAGAAAGAAGAGAGCACGACAAGGGAGCUGAAGAAUGUGCGCGUGUUGUAUGAAACGGAGCUAGCCGACGCUAGAAAAACUCUGGAUAACACCGCGAAUGAGCGAGCCAGGCUUCAGAUAGAGUACAGCCAGCUGUGUGAAGACCACCGCAAUCUAGUGGCCAGGAACAACAAGAAAGAGGCUGAACUGAGCAACGCAUUGGAGCGCUGGAGGAAUCUCGAAGCUGCCCUGAACUCCAAAGAGGCAGACUAUGCUAAUUUACUAGCAACUAACCGCAGACUGGAAAGUGAUGUUUCAGACCUCACGACACAAGUGGAUAAUCUGGAUACAGCCUUGCAGAAUGCCAAAGCUCAGGUUAAUUCAGAGACGCUUCGUCGAGUCGACACAGAGAACCAGAUGCAGACCCUCCAUGAGCAGAUGGAGUUUCAGAAGCAGCUUGGUGAACAGGAAGUGCGAGAGAUGCGGAGUCGGUACGAGAGUCGUCUGGUGGAGGUGGAUUCAGGGAGGCAGAAGGAGUUUGAGAGUAAGUUAGCAGAGGCCAUGCAGCAGCUGCGACAAGAGCACGAAUCCCAGAUCCAGCAGUAUAAAGACGACCUGGAACGCACCUUUAAUGCUAAGUUGGAAAAUGCCAAGCAGGUGGCCCUGAAGAACAGUGAUUAUGCCACAACUACCAGAGAAGAGCUGGAAGGAACCAGAAUAAAAGUGGAGUCCCAGUCCAUUCAGAUAAACAGCCUGCAGAAACAGAACCGUGAGCUGGAGGCACGAGUGCAGGACUUGGAGCGAGCUCUGGACCGUGAGAGGCAGCUCAGCCAACAGCGGCUCUCCCAGAAGGAGCAGGAGAUGGCUGACAUGAGGCAGCAGAUGCAAGCGCAGCUCGAGGAAUACCAGAGUCUGCUGGACAUCAAACUCAUGCUGGACAUGGAGAUCAAUGCUUACCGCAAGAUGCUGGAGGGAGAGGAGCAACGACUCAAUCUUUCCCCGAGUCCCUCUCAGCACGCACCCAUCUCCCGCACACACGUCCACGCCACACGCAAAGGCUGGGGAAAGAAACGGAAACAUGAGGGCGGGUCGGGUCUCUCUCCAAGCUACAAAGUGUCCCAGCACUCGUCUGCUCGCGGCUGUGUGUCCAUCGAUGAGAUAGACCUGGACGGAAACUUCGUAAGGCUCAAGAACAACUCUGACGUGGAUCAACCACUAGGAGGCUGGAUAGUGAGGAGGAGUCAACCAGGAGGAACGGACAUCAUCUUUAAAAUCCCUCCAUCCUACGUUCUGACUGCUGGACAAACGCUAACGAUCUGGUCUGCAGGAGCUCGAGUCGAGCAGAAACCACCUUCUGAUCUGGUGCUGAGGAGCCCAAAGACGUGGGGAGCUGUGAAUGAUGUCCGAGUGUCUCUUCUGAAUUUGUACAGUGAAGAAACAGCAGAGCGCUGUGUGGUGCGUCUGCAGGGUCGAACAGAUGGAGAUUCUGAAGACGAUCUGGACGAAGAAGGCAGCGUUGGGCCAGAGAUUCACCUCCGUCGCCAGGCCAAAAGAAAGAAAAAGAAAUGUUGUGCUCUUUCCUGACCUGUCCCAGCAUAGCAGGGUUAUGUGCCAGGUCAGGAGGCCAGCUGUGCAGUAAUGUAACUGCCAACUACCCAUGACGUCUAUACUGGAGUGUGACAUAGACCUACCACUCUAAAUCUUUUACCAUUCUUUGAAAUAGUUUCUCUUAGCAAAAUGUAUAUUUCUUAUUCAAAGGCCCAUGUCUAAGACCUGAGACGGGCCGUAAAGCCCUCGUCUUGUACACGUGAUCGCAUUUAUGAGGUAUAUAGGGCUAAGGCUAAAUGAAGACCAGCAAUAUUAGUCUACAAAUUUUCCUUCCCUGAUCUUUCCAAGGUCUGUUUCUCACUAUUUAUUGUGCCUUGGCAUGGCAUAUUAUCCUUUUGUUUUGCACUUGCUAUACUUGCACAUUGCACAUGCUCAUGUUAAGCUAAUGGGAUGGUUUGUACAAGUAGCCAGCUGUGGUGAAAAGUUCCUGAGGACUAACAUGGUAGACAGCUGUUGAACAUGUAGCAUUACUGGAUUUUUGUUUUCCUGUGAUUUUCUUUAGUUUUGUAUGUAAAUUACUGUGACCCUGUAUCUUUUGUCACAUGUUUAUUGGUUAUUAAUUUAUUUUGCUCUCAUAAUUUAAUCUAUGUGCUGACCAGAAGCCAUGAUCCGAUUGAGCUUUUUUCAUAUAUUUUAUGUUUUCUUGACAUUUGAAGUGAAACAUGCCAGAACACCUAAGCAUCUAGAGACCUCAAGAUGAACUGAUUAACUGUCAUUGUUGCCUAUUUGUUUACUUCCCUAAAGUAUACACUUUUAUACAUAAAAUUUAAUAAAGAAUACGC